GGCGGAGGAGGAGGAGGAGGAAAGAAAAGGGGCAGAAGCUCGACUCAAGGCCGGCCGUACCUCCGAGACUUGAUGAGGCGCGAGGCGCGGGAAACAGCAGCCAAGGCCCUCCCGCUUCCGAACGAGGCCGCGCGGCCCCCGUUUCCAUGACGACGUAGAUGACGGCGGAAAGAUGACGUCACCCGGCUGGGAGUAGCGCCCGAAGGGGGGCGUCAAGCCAAGCUAGUUAGGCCUUGAGAGCGGGGCGCCUGAGGAGACGCCAGCAGAGAAUCUUCACAAUGACUGCAGUGGUAGAACGGAAGUUUGUUAAUUUAAGGAAACGAUUGGAUCAGUUGGGAUAUCGACAACCACUGGGAGUAGAAAGUUUGCCUUUGGUGGAAAAACUUUUCAGUGACCUUGUUCAUACAACUGAGAGCCUCCGGAGUACGAAGUUAUCUGCUGGAAAAAUUGAAAAAGAAUGCAGUAACUUUGAUGUUGUUCUGGAACCUUAUCGAGAAGAAAAUGCUAGGCUCACACGUGAAAAUAAUGAAUUGCACUUAGAAGUUCUGAAAUUGAAAGAGCAAUUGGAGGAAAAGGUCAAAGAUUUGAAAUCUACUUUGAGGAAAUUUGAACAUGAGAAUUCGGAUAUGAAAUUUUUGAAUAAUCAGUAUAUACAUAAAAUGAGGUCAUUAGAAAAAGAAAACAAAGCCAAGACUGACAAAAUUCAACAGCUUCAAGAGAAAAAUCUACAAGCUGUGGUACAGACGCCAGGUGGUAAGAAACGAAAUAUUCCAUUUCGACGUCAGCGAAUGCAAAUAGAUCAGCCAGUUCCUCCUUCAGGGAUUGGCGCCUAUCCAGUUCCUCAACCAGAUGACCCAUACGUUGCAGAUCUUCUUCAAGUGGCUGACAACAGAAUUCAUGAGCUGCAGAUUGAAGUAGAUGACUUGCAGGAAAAACUAGAGAUAGCUGAACGUGAAAUGAAAAAUUACAGCAAACAGGUUGAGCUCCGAGACAAUGAGAUUGAACGUUUAGGACUCGCACUAGAUGGCGGCCGUUCUCAUGAUGUAAUAUCUCUGGAAGCCAAAAGCAGAAGUAAUGAAAAAAUUAUUGAUCACUUGAAUUUGCAGGUUGAAUUUCUACAGCAAACAAACAAAGACCUUGAAAAGCGCAUAGAAGAUCUUUUGGAUAGCAGACAAAAUAUGACCAGUGAGGUGGCUCAUUUAAGCAACAAAAAUGAAGAACUGUGUCAAGAAUUGACUGAAAUUGAUCACUUGGCCCAACAGUUGGAGAGGCAUAAAGAAAUUGUGCUUGAAACUGCAGAUAAAGAAAUUGGAGAGGCUAAGAAAGAAAUUAAAAAAAAACACAGUGAAAUACAAGAUCGCGAAGAGACCAUAGCAAGACUGAAGUUAGAGUUAUCAUCCUAUCGCAGAGAAAAAGAAAAAUUGAGUGAAGAACUCUUUGGAAAAUCAGAGGAAAAACAAAAUCUUGAGAUACUGUUAAGCCAGACUCAAGCAGAAAACCACAGAUUGUCCAAAAAAGUUGAAAACCUUGAAAUUAUAAAUCGUGAACUUGUCAUAGAGCUAGAGAGAAUGAGGCUGGAAGGUGGCAUAGUGCUUGGAGACAAGUCCCCUUCUCGCCUAGAUGCAUUUGUAAAGACCAUAGAAGAAGACAGGGACUAUUAUAAGCGAGAACUAGAGUGCCUCCAAAAGAUAUUUAAAAGAAAAUCUAGCCCGUUACUCAAAUCUCCAGAAAAGAGUGAAGACCUUAGGUUAGUUACACGAGAGAGAGAUGAGCUACAGUCUAUGCUAGACAGAUUUGAAAAGCAUAUGAUAGAAAUUCAGUCUAAUGUCAAACUAUUAACUGUAGAAAAAGACAAAUUGAGUGUCCUUUAUGAACAGUCACAGAAUGAAUUGAACCAUCUACGGAGAGAGAGAAAAACCUCUUUUCUAACAAAGAAUCAUGCAGAAGAAGAAAGAAAUAAUGCAUUGGCUGAUUUCAGAAGAGCAGCAUCAGAGAAAGAAGGACUAAGGGAGCAAUUAAAGAUCCUAAAGGAAGAAUAUGCUUUAGAUAAAUUAAAAUUGGAACAGGACGUAUCAAGAUUGGAAAACACUGUUAAAAGAUUGGAAACAGAACGUCUUGAUCAAGUAUCUUCAGUGUCAUUGUUAAAAGACAAAAUAAGCUCUUUGGAAGAUGAGCUAAGCAUGAAGACUCAUCAGCUCUUAAAUACUUCUGAAGAUUCUGCACAGUGCAAGACAGAAAUGACUUCACUAAAACUAUUAAAUGAACAGAUUCAGAAAUCCUUAGAUGAGCUACAGCAUCAACUAACUCUUAAAGGAAAUGAACUUCAAUCAGCUCAAGAGGAGAUUGAGAUAGAGGACAAAAUAGUUACACUCCAAACUAAGAGCACAUCACAAAAUGAGUCUCUUCUUCUGCUCAGAAGUACCGUUAAUGCCUUGGAUAAGGAAAAAGACAGCCUUCAGGAGAGUAUAGAUGAAAAAACUGAAAAAAUUGCAUAUCUAGAAGACAAUUUAUCUAACAGGAAAAGAAAAUACACAACAUGCAUAACUCCAUCUCUUAAACAGGAAAAAACUAUCUUCAGCUUACAAAAAACAGUUGCUCAGUUGGAGUUGUCUUUAGCCCAAUUAAAGGAUGCCUUAAAUGGGAAAGACCGUGAACUUGCCAGUCUCCACCGCCAGUUUGAUGCGGUACACUCAGAGCUUGGAGAAACCGUCAGAGUGAAAGACAUGGCUCUGAAGGAAAACAGAAGAUUACAGGAUGAUCUAGCCACAAUGACGAAAGAAAACCAGAUAAUCUCAUCUGAAUUGGAAGAAACUUUGCAUGAAAAAGAAGAUCUGAAAGUUAGAGUUCAUAUAUAUUACUGAAGUCUCCAUAUAGAAAGUUUAAUGGCCUUAAAGGAAAGAGAAAAUAAAGAAUGGGAGAAGUUCCAGAUGCUUCACAGCCAAGCCGAAGAAUGGGAAGUAAAGGCCCAUCAAGCGGAGGGACAAAACAGCUCUGUGCGAUUAGAGCUCCUUUAUGAUACUGAACGAAGACACCUUAGAGAAAGAGUAGAAUUAUUGGAAAAGAAAUUCAAGAGGUAUUUUGUCUUUCACGCAGCACAUCAUUGCACAUCAACGUAUGAGUCGCAAAUUUCUUCAAUGGCAAAAAAUAUGGCCAAGCUGGAAGAAAUUCUCAGGCGUGAAAAAGAAGAAAAAUCUUCAAUGAAUCACGAUGUGGCUGCCGUUAGAGAUUUAUGUCUCAAACUGGAAUCUGGCAAAGAUCUGCUCUCACGUCAAUUAACAUCCAAAUCUCUGGAAUUAGAGAGGAUUGUGUCCGAAUUUGAAAAUUCAAAGUCAGAAACGGAGCUGUUGAAAAAGCAACUGUCAAGUGAACGAGUUACAAUACAAAACCUGGAAACCCUCUUGUCUACCAGCAGAGACAACGAUUUUCAGAACCAUUUGAUAACCCAUGAAAAAGAUUCAGAGAUACUGCUCAAAGACAAGUUAUCGCUCUCGGAGAGUAAAUUAACAAGUCUUACUAGAGAAGUUUCUGUACUGCGAAAUAAACUUGCACAGCUGCAGACUGAUUAUGAUAUUGUGAGAAGACAGCUGACAACAGAGCAAUUUGAACGGGAACGGGCCAUUCAAGAGAUGCGAAGGCUUGGCUACACCACCACUACUUUUCCUGCUUCAUCACCACUUAGCUCAACUUUGCGAUCCCCAUCACCUUCUCCAGAGGGGGCAUUUUCAAUAACAACAGAACGAACAGAAAAAAAUGUGGGCUUCAAGGAUUAAUCAGUUACUUUAAAGCAGAACAAUAAUGGGAUGUUUCCAUGUUUGGACUCACUGUCAGCGUUGACAUGAAUUCUACCUCUAAAAUGUUAAAUCAUUAACACUUGAAACAACAACAAGCUGUGUGGGAGCACUUAGUGUGUAAAUCAAACUUUGCAACAUUUUGCUAUCACACAUAGGCUAGGAUGGUUUUUAAUAAUUCUGAUAGGUUUGCCCUGCAGAUUAAGACUAAACAUCUGAAUUGGUGGUCAUAGUGUGGUUUGUUAUCUCUUCUUUCAAGAUUAUUUGGUUUCAGUUAGAUCAGCUAUAGUCUAUAGUUGCUAUUGACUGCAAAGCAGACAAAUAUAGAAGAAGAAAAGUCCUUUAAUCAUGACUUAAUAUCUAUUAUUCAGAUUGUUUUCAUACCAGUAAUUUAUAAAAUGUGUGUAUGUAUGUAUAAUAAUGAAACGUUUAAUUUAAUAAUGUCCUUUAAACUGAGUAAAAUGUUACAUCAUUAGUUAAAAGGUGCCUUUUAAAUGUAUCUCUAAAAUGAAGUAUCUCUGAAUUUUAAAAAUGAUUUUAUAUUAAAAAGCAAAUUUAUAUACAUUAAUAUGAUAGUAUAAAUAAUGUUAAUAUCAUGUCGUCUUAGAGUCAUUUAGCAAUGUUGUUCCUUUCUUUAAAGUUUUGAAGUAAAGUUUGAGGAAUUGAUACACCUGAGUUCCAGCUUUUAAGGACAAAAUGAGGCAGUUUAAAAUACAAAACUAAUUAGGUAAGAAUGAACUUUAUUGCAAGGAAACUAAUGAUGUUGUAGUUAUUGUCACAAUGUAGUAACAAGUUGCCAGAUACAGCACAUUCCUUAAUUGACAGAGCUUUGUAUCAUCUUGAUAUUAUCCUCAACAAGCAAUGUGCACC